UCCAAACCAGUUAAAAAUAUUCUGCUAAAUAUCUUUCCUUAUGCAUUAAAAAAAAAAGAAAAAAUGAAAAUGCUCUCAGUUAAAAUUAUUUUACCCGUGUUAUUAACAAUUACCGUCAUUAAGUGUGGUGAAGUGGAUGAAAAAAGAGAGUCAGACUUGCCUGUUAUAAGCGACCGGUGUAGUGAUGAAAUCAACGAAACAGGGGUUCUCGAAACCGAUUUGAAUCCUACAGUCGCACAAGUAUUUAAAGAGAUUAAACAAGAACUCACUAGUCCCGAGUUUGUAGAUAAAGCCAAAAGUACAUUAAGUGACGUUGCCGGAUCUUUAAAAGCUGCACUUGGCCAAUUGCGUCAAUUAUAUCAAAUAGUAUCGGGCAAGACCGAGUCUCCUGAAGUGGCCGAAAAAAUAAACGAGGAAAGUAGUUUAGCUGGCACAUCCACCGGCACAAACACUCAAAGUAUAUCAGAAGAAGUGGAGCCUCGAAAUGUUAAUCAAAAGAUUAUUGGUCUUGUGGAAGGAUACGUCCAAACUUACAAAGACUUAUCUAAAACAGUUGAAGACGCCGAAUUGAAAAAUCACAUAACCCGAUUCACUCUACAGCACCUAGUAAUAUUGAAGAACAAGUUAAAAUCCGAAAAGACUUUAUUGAAAAAACAACUCGAAAGUGGUAAAGCAACUAUUGGCAAAAUCCAUCAAGCAUCCGUUGAAGUUUCCAACCAGGGUGUCGAACAGCCCGCCGAGACUAGUCGAAAAGUAGAUUAGUUAAAUAUUCCAAGUGUCAAGUUAAAAUAAAUAUU